CUCGGCCGCAGUAUUUGUUCUUGUAGUCUGUAGAAUUCAUAUUGUUCUUUUCAAACACUAUUCUUACUUGUUUUUCUAUUUCCUUUUUAAAAUUAUGGUCCGGGGUCGAUGAUUUCCUACACUUUUUCGAAGCUUGAGGAGGAAGAGUGCCUCGGUAUUGGCGAUGAAAAAUUAAGACUCAAUCAUGGCGUUCAUGAUGAAUAAGCGGGGCACUACUUUUUUGACCAAAGAAAGGCAACAAAAAUAAAAGAAGCAAAGGGUGGAAAUAAAAGUUGUCCCUUUGACAAGCACUUCUUAGCUCGCUAUCUCUCCACUUUUCUUUAUUGCUCCCUCCCUCCUCUCUCCCACACGCUUCUUCUUAUCCUCGUUCCCAAAUUUUCCCUUCAAUUCCAUUUCACAUCCUACCUUCAACUUCCACUAUUAGAAAGUGCACGUAUGCAACAAUGCUUCUUUACCAGCCACUCAAAGAAGAGGUAGAAACCACCAUCAUGAUGAAGGGCGACAACGUUUUGGAUCUGAAAACAUUAAUUGAGGAGCUUGAGUCAUCAACAAUUGAAGUCCCUUCCGUUUUCAUCUGCCCAAUUUCACUUGAGCCAAUGCAAGACCCGGUGACCCUUUGCACGGGACAAACCUACGACCGUUCCAACAUCCUCAAAUGGUUCUCCCUCGGUCACAACACGUGUCCCACGACAAUGCAAGAGCUUUGGGAUGAUUCUGUCACACCAAACACCACUCUUUACCACUUCAUACUCUCUUGGUUCUCGCAGAAGUAUUUGGUCAUGAAGAAGAAGCUCGAGGACGUGCAAGGCACAGCCUUGGAGCUCUUGGACACGUUAAAGAAGAAGGUAAAGGGUCAAAAUAGAGUUCGAGCUCUCAAAAAACUUCGCCAACUCGUUGAUUCCCACGUGUCCACGAGGAAAACCGUUGAGGAAAAUAAUGGUUCUUCUUUGAUUUCUUCAUUGUUGGGUCCUUUCACUUCCCACGCUGUUGGGUCCGAAGCUAUUGGGAUUCUCGUGAAUUUGGAGUUGGGUUCGGAGUUGAAGAGAAAUCUCAUGCACCCCGCGAAGGUGUCGUUGUUGGUUGACAUCAUGAACGAGGGAACAAUUCAGACAAAGAUGAAUUGUGCCAAAUUGAUUCAAACGUUGUUGGUCGAAGGUAACCCUUCCGAGACAGUUGUUUUAUCAAGUUUGAGUCUUUUGGUUGGGGUGUUGAGGUUAGUGAGAGAUAAGAAACACCCAACUAGUGUUUUAACCGGACUCAUAUUACUCAAAAUUGUAUGUUCACGUGAACCGGUUAGAAGCUCGAUUAUAAGCAUAGGAGCGGUGCCUCAAUUGAUUCAGCUUUUACCCACUUUGAAUAACGAGUGUUUGGAGAUAGCACUUCAUAUUCUUGAGGUUUUGUCAACACUUCCUGAAGGUAGAUUGGCUUUGAAAGAGUGUCCAAAUAUUAUUCCCAAUGUGGUCAAGUUGUUGAUGAGAGUUUCGGAGAGUUGCACACAAUUUGCAUUGUCGAUAUUGUGGGCUAUUUACAAGCUUGCCCCGGAGGAAUGUGCUUCGAAAGCUGUGGAGGCAGGGUUGGCGGCGAAGCUACUACUAGUAAUUCAGAGUGGUUGCAACCCUGUGUUGAAGCAGAAAUCUACCGAGUUUUUGAAAAUGUGUAGUCUAGAUUACUCUACUAGUAUUUUUAUUUCCAAAUGUAUGCUUACUGCAACAAUACAAUGAAAUUCAAAACCAAAACAAAUUUGUUCAUAAUUAAAUAACUUCAUACGUACAUGUUUUUUUUU